CAGUUGUUUAUUCGGGAAUAUUACAGUCACCUUCCUGUGGAUGACAACAACGCAUCUUAGUAUUCGGUAGUUACAUACCGUUGUCGAACUUUCUCGUGCUUUUUAUUAGCAAAAUAAAAUAAAACAGGAAAAUGGUGUCAUUAAAUCCAGUAAAUAUAUUUAGCCGUGGAGCUGAAGAGGAGAAGGCAGAGACUGCUAGACUGUCAUCAUUUGUUGGUGCCAUUGCUAUUGGAGAUCUUGUAAAGAGUACCCUUGGACCAAAAGGAAUGGACAAGAUUCUACAGAGUAUGGGUAGAAGUGAUAGGAUACAGGUCACAAACGAUGGUGCUACAAUCCUGCGUUCUAUUGGAGUAGAUAACCCAGCUGCUAAAGUUCUUGUUGAUAUAUCAAAGACACAGGAUGAUGAAGUGGGUGAUGGAACAACAUCAGUUGUAGUGUUAGCUAGUGAACUUCUCAGGGAAGCAGAGACCCUUGUUUCCAAAAGAAUACAUCCACAGACCAUUAUAUCUGGUUGGAGAAUGGCUACAGAUGAGGCCAGGAAAGCUCUCACAAAUUUUGCCAAGGACCACGGGAGCGACCCUACAAAAUUCCGUCAAGAUCUGAUCAACAUAGCACGUACAACCAUCAGCUCAAAGAUUCUUACACAAUACAAAGAAAUGUUUGCAGAAUUAGCUGUAAAGGCAGUUUUAAGGCUAAAGGGAAGUGGAAAUCUUGAUGCCAUCCAGAUCAUUAAGAAAUUAGGAGGAGGUCUUCAAGAUUCUUAUUUAGAUGAAGGAUUUUUAUUGGAUAAGAAAAUUGGUGUAAAUCAACCAAAAAGAAUAGAAAACGCAAAGAUCUUAGUUGCCAACACACCUAUGGACACAGAUAAGAUCAAGGUAUUUGGAUCUAAAGUGAAAGUAGAUGCUAUCUCCAAAGUUGCUGACUUAGAACUCGCUGAGAAGGAAAAGAUGAAAGACAAAGUUGCAAAAAUACUCAAACAUGGUUGUAAUGUAUUCAUUAACAGACAACUGAUCUAUAAUUACCCAGAACAGCUGUUUGCUGAUGCUGGUGUGAUGGCAAUAGAACAUGCUGACUUUGAGGGUGUGGAGAGGUUAGCUCUAGUUACAGGUGGAGAAAUUCAUUCAACAUUUGACAACCCAGAGUUAUGUAAACUAGGACAUUGUGAUGUCAUUGAGGAAAUCAUGAUUGGAGAAGAUAGACUGAUCAAAUUCUCAGGUGUUAAAAUGGGUGAAGCAUGUACUGUAAUUCUACGAGGAGCCACACAGCAGAUCCUGGAUGAGGCUGAACGAUCUCUUCAUGAUGCCCUCUGUGUACUGACACAGACAGUAAAAGAAACAAAGACAGUGUAUGGUGGAGGUAGUGCAGAGAUGCUAAUGUCUGAUGCUGUCUCUAAAUUAGCUGCUAAGACACCUGGGAAGGAGGCUGUUGCUAUGGAAGCAUUUGCUAAGGCACUUAGAAUGAUUCCAGCAACCAUUGCCGACAACGGAGGUUAUGAUAGUGCCCAGCUUGUAUCUGAACUUAGAGCUGUACAUACUGAGGGAAAACAAUCCUGGGGCAUCAAUAUGGAUGAGGGAGAAAUUGGUGACAUGGAGAAGCUUGGAAUUACAGAAUCGUUCCAGGUAAAACGUCAAGUUUUACUGAGUGCCUCAGAAGCUGCCGAGAUGAUUUUACGUGUAGAUGACAUUGUGAAAGCUGCACCAAGACAGAGACAGCCAGAUAUGAGGGAUCAUUGAUAAACUUUAUAGAUAUUAGGACUGCUUAAUUGUCUUAUGUGUGUAACAUUAAUUCAUUUUUGAAGAUCAUGAAUGGUAAAAAUUUAGUGCUUUUGCACUCUCCUAAAAUACACUGUGCUGUGAAUAAUCUGUGUUUCUGUUUAAAGGUUUGUGCUUUUGCAAACAAUGUUCUUCAAGAAAAAAAUCUCUGAAUUUAGUUAUUGUAGACACACUUUUUCCUAUGCCUUAAUGUUUGCUGCAUUUAUGAGAAAACAUCUUAAGUUAUUUUCUAUUUUUAAAAAUCUCACUGGGAUUGGAUAAAAAAAGUGUGCUGAAUCUGCAGGCAUGUUUAAUUUCUAGUAAUAAACAUUAAUCAUAGCACAGUAUUCAGACAUGUAUAGUGUUAUGACUGUGAUGUGUUCAGUAACAUUAUGGUUUCAUUUGCAUCAUGUUCCUUAAUUUUGAACAAUAUUUAUUACAUUAGAUUUUCUUUUCUACAACAUGUGCUCAUUUUUAAUAAAAGGCUGAAAACAGA